UUCAAAUAAUCCAUGAUUCAAGGUUCCGAAUGAAUCUCAAUCCACAUGCAUUCGGGCAGCGAAGUGGCUUCGCUCGCAGACCAUGCACAAUCAAACCUAUCUACAAGUGCAUGUAGCAAGAAGAAGAGAGCAACUAGCUACAUGUAGUUGACCCGUCAUCGAUCGACAAGAGAGUCAUAUCAUACCGGUACCGGUAGUACCGACCAAGCUACCGUAGCUAUAGAACAGAGCUUCCUUAAUCUAACCAAAGAAUUCCUUGUUGACUCGACUCACUCCAGCAAUUGAAAGAAAAAUGUCCUCAGACGAUAUCUUUGAACAACACUGUUCCGACAUUGCGGAAGGUCAUUUUGCCAAGUGCACCAAUCGGAUUCUAAAUGCUACGGACCAGGAGAUUGCCAAUCUGCCGACCUUACGUUCUGUAGUGCGAGUUGCACGUAUGACAAGGAAGAAACCAAAAGCAACCCAAGACAUUCUCCUUUGCCAAUAUGCAAGCGCCCUCAUCACAAGACGUGUGGAUCUGAAUGAUAAUGGUGCAAACAAUGAUGGCGAUUGGGGUCCUUUUAAAUCGGAUGUUGCUGCAGCCGCCGCCUAUGGAUACCCAAAGCUACUCAAGCUCCUGUUAGUGGAUGCUAACUGUUUCAUCACGCUGGGGAGUCCUCGUGCAUUCAUACGAGCCGUAGCAAAGCGAAGGUAUGAAUGCAUCACCAUCCUGCUGGAGCACAGAAAGGAAGAACUCCAGAAUAUUCUUCACGAGGAAGAGUUGGCCUAUGCUUUUGAUGCCAGCAUUUAUGGGCAACGAAAACCUGCUGGGAACGCCCUGCAAACAGCUGUGGCACGCAGGGAUGUCAUUGCAGUUCAAAUUCUCAGAGACAAGGGGAAUGCCCGCAUCUCGGACUAUUGCUAUUGGAAGAACGAUGAGAAGCUGCCAGACAUUCUGGCCAAGCUGUAUGAACCCCACCAGAACAUUUUGGCAUGGAGCAAGCAUCUUCACUGGAGUUUCCCAACCACUGACCGACAAAUGAUAAACUACCUUUGGAAUGGGAUUGCACCAAAAAGCCAGUUUCCCAAGGAAGUAUGGCUCAUCAUUCUCAGCUUUGUGAAAAGAGGCUGGUGGAUGGAUCCAUCUGCCAUCCCUCGAGGACGACUCAUUGCAUAUUACGAUCUAUAAUCCCAUCUUGCAGGGUGCAAGGGUCUGCAAGGGUGUUUCCCCCCCAAGCAAGCAAUAUCCACACAUCAUUAUUCACAUCAUUUAUUUUGAUGGUCGUUUGUUUUGUAUCCGCCCAUGUUUGGCUGAAUGGAAUCGAACUCCAUCGGAUCAAAAGACGACGAGUCUCAAAAAGCAGGACCAACCAGCCAAACUAUGUAUUAUUAGGGUGAUUGCCACUGUCAGCUGUAGCCCCCCGUAGUUGUAAUGUGUAGCAAAUAGUUUCUGCAUUCGU